CUGUGAGGCCCAGCAAGCUCAUCCUAGGAAGGAAAAUGCGCUGCGGACCACUGUGCCAGUUCCUGUGGCUUUGGCUGUAUCUGUCCUACAUUCAGGCUGUGCCCAUACAAAAACUCCAGGGUGAUGCCGAGAUCCUCAUCAUGACCAUUAUCUCCAGGAUCAAUAUCAUUUCACACAUGCAGCCAGUGCCCUUGAAACACAAGGUCAGCGGUUUCGACUUCAUUCCUCUUCACACGGACCUGAGUUUGUCCAAGAUAGAAGAGACAUUAGCAGUCUAUCAGCAGAUCAUCAUCAACCUGUCUUCUCAAAAUAAGAUGCAAAUAUCUAAUGACCUGGAUAAUCUCCGGGAUCUUAUCCGCAUGAUAGCCUCCUCUAAGGGCUGUCCUCUGCCGUAUAACAGGAGUUCAGCGACCCUCCAGAACCUGAGAGGUCCCCUCAGAGACUCGGUCUUCUCCACAGAGGUGGUGGCCCUGAGUAGGCUGCAGAGAUUUCUGAAGGAAAUGCUGUUGCAGCUGGAUGUUUCCCUUAUGUGUUGAGUCCUUGAGUCUGCUCUUUCCCCAAGGACCAUGUUGAAGGAAGAAAUCUUGGCUUCCAGGUGUCUCUGGGAGAAGAGAUCCUUGGGUGGACACCCCUUAUUCAGAAUCUUGUCCAUUUCUGUCUUCUAAGACACCAUUUCUAAGGCAUAAGGCCAUCAUUUGCUUGAUACCAAAAAUAUAUACAUGAUUCCAUGCUCAUCAUGAAGGGGGCCCAUCCAGUAUACCGUGUAUUGUACUGGUGAUUCACACCAAAUUCUUUAGCUAUCAGUGGAAGUCACCUGUCCCCUUUCAGUUCCAUCUUUUUUCUGUGUAUCCUUCAGUGUAACCAGGCAUGAUUUCAGGGACUGGGCAGAUAGAGCCUUUGUUCUUGUUAAGGUUCCACCUAAAAAUUCUGGGGAGCACCAUGAAAGCUGCAUUCACAUUCAGCUGGAAACUCCCAAGCAACACAAAUUGGCAGCACUUGUUCAUAUAUUAUGCAUCUUAUCCUAGAUUGGUUUGAAACAAAGUAUUGUACCAGCUUUUCCAGGCUUUGGGAUUGAUCAGGACUGGGGAUGCCCCUGGGAUAUUGGUUUUAAUCCCAUUGAUGGGCCUGGCUAAGGCCCCCCCACUUUGAGUGACUAGAGGAUUGAUAUUUUCUGAGCAAGAACCAAUAGGGGUAACUCUUAAAUUAUUUCUCUAGUGACUGGUUUUGUUUUACUGUGACUAACUUUACAAUACAGUUUUCACAAUAGUAUUACUCUGAGUGAAUCCCCAAGGGCUAGGUUAUUUUAAAAGGAAGCUGAAUUUCAUCAAGGGUAAUAUGUUCCUGUGUGCACAGGUGUUGGAGGGUAUGUUGGUGGGAAAGCAAAGGAUCUAGAAUAUAUUUUCUGAAAAACAUUUGUGUGGUAGGCUUUUUGGAAAGAGGAAAGUCAUAUCUCACCUUCUACAACACUAGGGUGAUUUCCAUUAGGAGAAUGGAGAUGUCUCUCUCAGAGUGUUGUGAGGUUUGCAUGAUUACCACAGAGGGAAGGCACUGAAGCUGAAGGUCCUUUGCCGGUGUAGUGCUGAGCUCAGGGAGUGAGGGUCCCACACUAGAGAUAGUGCUUCCCAGGACAGGGGUCCUUAGUCUAUGGCUCGGCAAAUGGCUCAGAGUUGAUCCCACGUUUGGGCUUAUAACACAGCAGUGUCCCUAUUUUGGAUUUGCAUGCAAAUUAUUUUCCCCAUCUGACUGAAUCAUCUAAGAAAGGCCAUAUUUCCUACCCAUUCUAUGGCAAGUUUUAUUCCAGUGGAAAAGCAAAAUUCUUUAACAGAUGGUCCUGCACCCUGGGACUGCUGGGUGAGCUUCAGGACCCUGGACCACGCUGCCAAUUUCCUCUUCUGGCUAGAGGUCAUUUCAGGAGGCUUGGGUUGGGUUUUUCCACCAUCCUCCUUCUGCAAUGUCCCCAUCACACUGGUAGUAGAUCUGUCCAAAGAAACUUGAAUCAAUGCAAUCAUACACUUUAAGACUGAGCUCUUGCUUCGUGCUCAGCCCUGACUGGUGCUGUGGGCUAGAGAAGCUCACCAAAUAAACAUGAGAAGCAGGGACGUGCGUGCCCACAGUAAAGCCCCACUCAGCAGUGUGCCAUGGUGGACACCUCACCAUUGUGGUGGCAAACAGCUAAUAGCACAAUGCUAUCUCCAGUAGGUGAAAAAUGGCAUGAGCUGGGAGUGGUGGUGCCCAGAGUUCCAUGGGUGACCCUUCUUGCACUCCAUAAUAUUUUUAUACUUUUCAGGGCACACCCUGUUGGCGUGGGAUAACUAAAUCCUAAAAAGUAAGGAAAUAUAGGUUGAAUGCCUCUUAUGUGCUUGGAAACUCAAAGUGUUUUUUUAUUUUGGAUUUUUUUUCCCUCAGAUUUUGGAAUACUUAUGCACGCAUAAUGAAGUGUUUUGGUGAUGUAGCAAAGUAUGAACAUGAAACUCUAUAUUUCAUAGAUACCUUAUGCACAGCCCAAAGGUGAUUCUAUAUACUAUUUUAAUAAUUUUGUGCACGAAAGGUUGUUUCAUAGCGUGGACUUCUCCACUAAUGGUAUCAUGUUAUUUCUCUAAAGUUUCAGAUUUAGGAGCAUUUUAGAGUUCAGACUUUCUAAAAGGGAAUGCUUAGCUUAUACCUGAGACCCUAACAGCCAACAGGUAGAAGGACCAGGCUCAGGCCUCCGAUCCUCAGAAUGUCCCUGAGCAAGAGAAUGCUCUCUGGAUAGGGAGUGGAGCAGGUGAGGCCAUGAGGAGUUUGGAGGUGAAACUCACAGAUGGUGAGAGGGGUGAACUGCCCACAGGGAAGAGGCUGGCUUUGCUGGAUGCUUGGUGUGUGGAAGAGACAGACGGGAAAGUGUGAGCAGCAAGCUACAGAAAAAGGGAGAGGAAGAAGAGAUGGCGGUAAAGAGACAUGUCGAAGAGAUCUUGAGGUGCAAAGGGGGAUAUUAGGGUCCCACACCCCAAGUCCUGGAGAAAAGGCCAUGGUCAGACCUGCUCUGGAAGGUGUAGCAUGAUGGAUCACUCUCAGAGUGGCACUUCA